ACGACAGUGCCUUGACAUUUCUUGUUUUGCUAUCCAGUGCGCAUGUCCAAAGUAAACAAUGAAAAUGGCUGCCAUGGACUUUAUAAGUGGUGACAGCGAGAGGAACCAAGCUGGAGAGGACCCAGGGACCUCUGAGAGAAGUUAUAAUGAAGACGAAGACGAGGGGCUGUCAGAUGGAGAUGAGGAAGGGGGCAGUGUCGGGAAGGUCGCCUCCAGUACCUCAAAGCUCGGCAUUGUUGCAAGCUCUGCCAAGGCUAAGAAGAGGAAACACAAGCACCGCAGCAAACACAAGCGCCACAAGCACCCCUCCCCCGAGGACAAAGAACGUCGCCACAAGCACCGGCACAAGCACAAGAGGCGCAAGCGCAAAGACGGCCCAUCGACCGAAGGAUUCCCCCCAAGUGGGAACAGCGAUGCACCCCUGUACUCCACCUCCACCAAGCAGCCAGGACUGGAAGACGACGAGAUGACGCUUCUAGAGGAGCUGGAGAAACAGAGGGCCUUGAUCCAAGCCGAGCUCGAUGGUGAACUGACUGAGGGGGGUAGGGGGUUCAUCCUCCAGGGCUACCAGUCUGGGGAGGAGGAGGAGGAGGAGGAGGAGGGGGAGGGGGAGGGAAGUGGGGGGUAUCAGAGGGAAUGGGUACACAAUGGGCAGCCGUGGCGCAGGGACGCGACAGGGGCCAGUUCAGACUUGCAGACAGCUAAGGACACCGCUAGAGUCGGACGAGAGUCGACGGACCCCGCGAAAGCUACUCAGGGCAGUCCCUGUAAAAACGCCAGGAAGAGCGGGACAGACGUGAAGACCAAGGUUGUGACGAGAGGAAGUAGCACGUCCAGGGAUUGCGACAGACGGAGACAUUCUAGGAGUGCGGAGUGCUUCAAAGAAAAGGCGCGUGCAUCCAAGUCUCCCGCCGGCUCUAGGAGACACACCCCGCCAGCUCAAGGCAGAGAAGCCCCAAGCCAGGAGCCCAGCGGCAGCAACCGCAAGUCACCCGGGCAGUCCAACGAUUCCAAGGCCAGACGGCCGGACACAGAAGGGGACGUGGACCGGAAAGAUGCCAAGGAGGCUUCUUCUGGAAAGGAGAACCGCUCUCCUUGCCUUCGGGAGAGACUGCCAGUCCCCACCCUGAGGCAGAGCACAUCCCCGUCACAGCGCCGGGAACCGCGGGAGUCCUCUUCGGGCCCCCAGGCAGCUGAGCGGAGGGCCAGGUCACCGCCACCGCUCAGAGUAGGCCACUCACGCUCCCCGGAGAGUCGAAGGAGAGAGAUGAGGAUCUCCCCUGGGAGGAUUCGGAGCCAAGAGGAAGCAGGAGGCCGCAGGGCAGCUAGCCCAGGGCUCGGGGCCCGGCGGAGGUUCAGCCGUUCACCUUUUAAGAGGAGGUCUCGCUCUCCCAGGAGACAUAGCAGGUCUCCAAUCAGGAGGAGGUCGAUGGACCGAGACAGGCUGGCACGGAGGUCCAGCUGGAGGUCCAGAUCCCAGGAGCGAAAGCAGAGACGGAGCCGGGACAGAGAAGACAAGUUCAAGGGCAGCCUGUCUGAGGGAAUGAGGGUCGACAAGGACGACUCUGAAGACGAGAUUGUGUCCUGUAACAGGCUGGAAGACUUUGACUUGGAUGAGGAGGACGAGGAGGCCCUCAUCGAACAGAGGAGGCUACAGCGCCUCGCCAUCAUACAGAAGUACAAGGGAGGAAACGAGGACAGUAACCUGUCCGCUCCGUCUGAGCCCAGCAGCCCCCAGAGCAGCCCGCGCAGCCGAUCGCCCUCGCCCGACGACAUCCUGGAGCGUGUAGCGGCCGACGUCAAAGAGUAUGAGCGGGAGAAUGUCAACACGUUCGAGGAGAACAUCAAGGCCAAGCACAACCUCAUCGAACCCGGGAGGGAUGGUAAAUAUGGGACCAACUUGAAAAAACUAUCUGCCCCCGAUAUGUUCACCGAAUCAGAUGACAUGUUCAUCGCCUACUUUGACAAUGCAAGGCUUCGAGCUGCAGGCAUCGGGAAAGACUUCAAGGAAAACCCCAACCUCCGGGACAACUGGACCGAUGCAGAGGGCUACUACCGACUUAACAUCGGGGAGAUCCUGGACAAGCGGUACAGUGUGUACGGCUACACGGGUCAGGGCGUGUUCAGCAACGUCAUACGAGCCCGAGAUGUGGCUCGAACUAGCCAGGACGUGGCCAUCAAGAUCAUCCGCAAUAACGAGCUCAUGCAGAAGACCGGCCUCAAGGAGCUGGACUUCCUGAAGAAACUCAACGAUGCCGACCCGGAUGACAAGUUCCACUGCCUGCGCCUCUUCCGACACUUCUACCACAAGCAGCACCUCUGCCUGGUCUUUGAGCCUCUCAGCAUGAACCUCCGCGAGGUGCUGAAGAAGUAUGGCAAAGACGUGGGCCUCCACAUCAAGGCAGUACGCUCUUACAGCCAGCAGCUCUUCCUGGCUCUGAAGCUGCUCAAACGCUGCAACAUUCUGCACGCCGACAUCAAGCCCGAUAACAUCCUGGUCAACGAGUCGAAAACCAUCCUGAAGUUGUGCGACUUCGGUUCGGCGUCCCACGUGGCCGAGAAUGACAUCACCCCCUACUUGGUCAGCCGGUUUUACCGGGCGCCGGAGAUUAUCAUAGGGAAGCCGUACGACUACGGCAUCGAUAUGUGGUCCGUGGGCUGCACCCUGUACGAGCUGUACACCGGCAAGAUCCUCUUCCCGGGAAAGACCAACAACCACAUGAUCAAACUGGCCAUGGACCUCAAGGGCAAGAUGCCCAACAAGAUGAUCAGGAAAGGCGUGUUCAAGGACCAACACUUUGACCAGAACCUCAACUUCCUGUACACUGAAGUGGACAAGGUUACUGAACGGGAGAAGGUGACAGUGAUGAGCACCAUCAACCCUACCAAGGAGCUGCUGUCCGACAUGGUGGGCUGCCAGCGUCUCCCCGAGGACCAGCGCAAGAAGGUGGCCCAGCUCAAGGACCUGUUGGACCGAACCCUCAUGCUGGACCCGGCCAAGCGGAUCAGCAUCAACCAGGCCCUGCAGCACCCCUACAUCCAGGAGAAGAUCUUCUAACCGCCUGCCACCCUGUCGCCAUCACCCGUCGGCAGAAGCCGUGGCCCAUUCUGGUCGGACCCUGCGAUUUAUUAGAGCUGGAAGACUUAGCUGACAAAGUAGUCCUGUCCUCCCAGCCCCAUUUGAAAAACACAUCCUUAUAAUGACAUGCAAAGAUCUUGUGGUCUGACCUGACCGCAGAAGACAAGUUUGGGUCUCAUCCACUCAGAUCUUCAGUUCGGGCCCUGUUUCAGGCGACUGAACGUGAAUGAUGUUGUAGCUGUACAAAUUUUCCGGGACACGUUUUGGGAUUCACCGUUGCCAAGGCUGUGACCAGCAGGGGACGCUGGUCCAGAUUGGCCGUUUCACAGCUGAUUGGCCGUUUCACAGUUUUUCGUCAUGGGUUUUGGUUGAUUGGUGUUCGUCCGACUGGCUGCGGAGCCGGGCGCAAAGCCUUUUGAAUGGGAUGUUGGCAGUCGGCAGCCUUGGCGGCUCUUCUGACUCGUGUUCUAAUGUUCUUACCUGUCCUGUGAGUUGUGAUGUGGCGCCGGGCCAGUUUAACCACCGUCUGCGUCCACAUCCCCUCAGGUGUAAUCCCCCCCCCCCAUCUGCCAGUAGGUCUGUCAGAGACAAAACCAAAGGACCCCUUGGUGGUCCUUUGGUCCUGCUUGAGCCCACCUGCUGACAUCUCAACAUGUUUAAAGCAAGUUGUAUGCCAUGUUCGGUACAUUUAAGGUAAGCCACUCAGCCCCCCUCCAAAAAACAAAACCCAUCAACUUCACCUGGUUAUGUUUAUUCAUUUUUUUUUUUUUAAAUGUCUUUUUUUUAUGUUACAAACCUUGCUUUAGCCAGAGGCUCCGUAGGCACGGUUUAUAUAUGACAAGAAACGUCGGACAAAAAUUUCUGUUGGCUUGGUUUAGAGACAAGGUUUCUAGAAGUAAAGUAUAUGUUUCUUAAACCUAAAAAAAUUACUAUUGAUAAUUAAUGUGAAAGUGUCUAUCAAGGAAAUCAGUCACACAACCAGAUCGUGGGGACAGUAGCCAGCUAGCUACAAUGGACAACAGCACUUUCAGUGUACUUCUGUCACAAAGGAACAACGCAUAUUUCUUUUGCUCUGCUGUAAAGGAUACUUUUUUUGUUCCUGUGUCCCAUUCAAUACAAUGUGUUGGGUGACCAUGGAUGCUCUGCUACUGUACAUUUAUACGAAACCAUGUUUUACAAUUUGUUAGGUGUGUUGUUCUGCAAAAAAAAAAAAAAAAAAGGAUAUUUAAAUGUUUUGUUUUCCUGUAUUUGCCAUUGGUUUUCAUGUUUCUGUGACUAUGUUGUCUUUUGAUACAGGGAUAUUCCUGCUCUGAGAUUUUGGGUCUGCUUGUUAUAAGCGGUAAUUGCAUCUAUUUUAUUUUGUUAUAUUAAUAUUGUGACAUUCUUAUAGGAGCAAAAUGGAAAUAAACGUGCCCAAAUGACUAGAUAAUGCAGUAUUUAUGGCUUUUUCAUAAAUGUCUACAUAAAUCUGCCAAUGUUCAGGCCACUGAAAGUGUCAAUAAUUAACCGAAUGUAUUCUUAGUGUAAUUAACUAGAAUGUAUUCUUAAUGCUAUUUUGACGAGCCUAAACUGAGCUUUUAGGGUGGAUGUCUAAUUCAACAACAGUGAAUAAUUUGUCUUAGUAUACUCUAGAUUUAGUUCAAACCAAAUGAGCAAAAAAAAAAGGUGUGGGGCUUUUUCUCCACUAACUAACUGAUGUUUGUGAUGUUUGUUUUUUUCCGCACUGAUGUUUCCUGUGGGGGCUGAGAGCGAGACAGUCCAGCACCUUCUCCGACCUGGGCUUCACUUUCAGAGAGACCAGACCUCCGCAAGGCCUCUUAUCCAGGGCAUUUUUGAU